AUGACAAGUGCACGCCUUUCAGAUAGAGAAGUUGCGGCUCUCAACGCCGCCGCUGUCACACGCGAGUACAACGUCCAUCCACGCCUAGGCAAACUACAAGACCGUAUCGGCCAUCAACGGUUCCCGUCGUACAACGAGAUCGUCCAACUCACGCUCCCCGAUGGAACACGUCGUGGCGGCCAAGUCCUCGAAGUCCAAGGAAAAAAGGCCAUUGUGCAGGUUUUCGAAGGUACAGCUGGUGUCGACGUCAAGGCGACCCAUGUCGAGUUUACUGGCUCGAGUAUGAAGCUCCCAGUGGCCGAAGACAUGUUGGGCAGAAUCUUCAACGGCUCGGGCAAUCCAAUCGACAAAGGUCCAAAGGUUUUUGCUGAAGAUUAUCUCGACAUCAACGGCUCGCCUAUCAAUCCAUACUCGCGUAUCUACCCAGAGGAAAUGAUACAGACUGGUAUCUCGACUAUCGACGUCAUGAACUCUAUCGCGCGAGGGCAGAAGAUUCCCAUCUUCUCCGCAGCUGGUCUCCCGCAUAACGAAAUUGCUGCUCAAAUCUGUCGACAAGCCGGUUUGGUAAAGGGUCCCACCAAGGGCGUCCUCGACGGGCACGAAGACAACUUUUCCAUCGUCUUCGCCGCCAUGGGUGUCAACAUGGAAACGGCUCGCUUCUUCAAAUCUGAUUUCGAGGAGAAUGGCUCGCUCGACCGUGUCACCCUCUUCUUAAACUUGGCAAACGAUCCCACGAUUGAGCGAAUCAUUACGCCCCGUCUUGCGCUCACUACGGCAGAAUACUAUGCAUACCAACUUGAGAAGCAUGUACUUGUCAUCUUGACCGACAUGUCAUCGUACGCCGACGCCUUGCGAGAGGUCAGCGCUGCUCGAGAGGAAGUGCCAGGUCGUCGUGGUUAUCCGGUGAGUUACAUGUACACUGACUUGUCUACCAUUUAUGAACGAGCUGGACGAGUCGAAGGUCGAAAUGGAUCCAUUACGCAGAUUCCAAUUCUUACAAUGCCCAAUGAUGAUAUUACACACCCAAUUCCCGACCUUACUGGUUAUAUCACCGAGGGACAAAUCUUCGUUGACCGACAGCUCCACAACCGACAGAUUUACCCGCCUAUCAAUGUGCUACCGUCGCUGUCGCGUCUCAUGAAGAGCGCCAUCGGAGAGAAGCUGACGCGCAAGGACCACGGUGACGUUUCUAACCAACUUUAUGCUAAAUAUGCUAUCGGUCGAGACGCUGCGGCUAUGAAGGCCGUCGUCGGAGAGGAGGCACUCUCGUCAGAGGACAAACUUGCACUUGAAUUCCUGGAAAAGUUUGAAACGCAGUUCGUCGGGCAAGGGGCAUACGAGUCGCGUACCAUCUUUGACUCGCUGGACCUCGCGUGGUCGCUUCUGCGUAUCUUCCCCAAGGAGCUUCUUAACCGAAUUAACCCAAAGAUCAUUUCCGAAUUCUAUGCACGGCAGCCGUCGAGACGGACAAAUACGACGGCAGGCCCUGCAGCACCAUCAAGCAAGGACGUCAAGGAUAACACCAAGCUGGUUGACGACGCGUAG